AUGGAGUCGAAUAAAACGUUAUGGAUCAUCUUAAUCGUCACGGUUUCCACGAUGGUCACCUUCCUAACGCCUAUGGUAGAGUCCAAGUCUAACGUCGCAAGGUCUCUCCUCUUUGUCUCCCCACCUUCAGACUCUCCAUCUCCUUCACCAGCAUCAGGGGCUCCUGAAAGUUCCAUUUCUCCUACUAAUGCUCCAACGCCAAGCUCUCCCUCGCCGUCACCAGAGGCUCCAAGGACAGACUCUCCCUCUCCUUCACCAGAGGUAGAUAUAGACUCUCCCUCUCCUUCACCAGAGGUAGAUAUAGACUCUCCCUCUCCCUCUCCUUCACCAGAAGCUGAUCUGGAAGAUUAUUCAUCUUCCCCUGCUAAUUCUCCGACGGAGAUGGAGACAGACUCUCCAUCUCCGUCACCAGAGGCUCCCGAGGAAAUCCUCGGGGCUCCAUCUGGAGAAACACUUAUAAGUUCAGCUACAACUCUUCUGAAAAACACAUUGUUGUCUCCUGAAAUCAAAACCAUUUGUGGAAAAACCGAUAAUCCUGCGCUAUGCGAAUCUUCCAUUAGUCCUCUCUUAACAGCUGCAAUAAAACCCGACGCUUCCUCUGUUCUCGUUCUCGCCAUUCAAGCUUCCAUCAACGCCACCAAGGUGGUGUUACCAACCGUCAACAAAGUAGCAGCAGCGGAUUGUCAAGAGCUGUACGAUGACGCCGUGGCGAACUUGGAGGACGCGAUUAACGCCGUCAAGGAAAGUGACAUUGACACCGUUAACACGAACUUGAGCGCGGCCAUGACGGAUUACGGUACGUGUAACGACGGGUUUGAGGAGGCUGGUGAGACUAACCCGUUGGCUGACGUGGCUGAUAAGCUUACCAAGAUGGUUAGUAACUGUCUUGCUAUCUCUUCGUUGAUCAAGUGA